CUGAUCAGGAACCAGAAGGAACAGAAACCUCUCACUGCUUUCUAUUAGACUUGUUUGUGUAGAUACUGACUCAAGGGGAGAAAAUGGAGGAAUAUGAUUACAUCAAUGAUAACUACUCUGAAAUGUUACAAGCUGCGUAUGAUGAAAUGGUGGAGCCGUGUUCGAUGGAGCGCAAAGUGAAUAUUGAGAACUUCCUCCAGUUAUUUGUUCACCCUAUCAUUUGUUUGGUUGGUUUCAUCGGCAACGCUCUCGUGAUCGUGACGUACGCUCUCUACAAGCGGACCAAGUCCAUGACUGACGUGUAUCUGCUGAACGUGGCCAUCGCUGACAUCCUGUUUGUGGUGGCACUGCCUUUGAUUAUCUACAGCGAGCAGUAUGGGUGGUCCAUGGGGAACUUGUCUUGCAAGCUUCUGCGUGGCAUCUACAGCGUGAACCUCUACAGCGGCAUGCUGCUCCUGGCUUGCAUCAGCGGAGAUCGCUACCUUGCCAUCGUACAGGCCCGCCGGUCCUUCCGGCUGCGUUCAAGCACUCUGCUUUACAGCCACCUGGUCUGCGCGGUCGUCUGGUUGUCGGCCCUGCUCUUGUCCCUUCCUACCUUCCUGUUUUAUGAGCGUUACCAACCCGGCCCAUCUGAAUCCAGCAUUUGGAACGUUACUGACAGUGAAGACGUGCCAUAUGUCUGCUUUUUUAAAUUUCAGUCAAAUGAAACGGCACGUGUGAUGAAAACUGUGGUGCCCAGCUCUCAGGUUGCGUUGGGUUUCUUCUUGCCGCUGCUGAUCAUGGGAUUCUGUUACUCCAGCGUCAUUGUCACCCUCCUUCAGGCCAAGAACUUUCAGAGACACAAGGCAGUGCGUGUGGUCCUCACUGUGGUCCUUGUGUUUGUGGUCUGCCAUAUGCCUUAUAAUAUAGCACUGUUGUUUUAUACCAUCAACAUGUUUCAAGAGCAGGAAUGCAGCGUUGAGGAGUCCAUCGGCUUGACCGUGAUCAUAACGAGAAGCUUGGCGUACCUGCACGCUUGUCUCAAUCCCCUGUUGUACGCCUUCAUUGGGGUGAAUUUCAGAAACCACUUCCGGAAGAUCUUACAGGACAUCUGGUGCUUGGGGAAGAACUACAUGUCAGCGAGACGGUCCUCACGGGCCACCACUGAAAUGUACGUUUCCACGCGGCGCUCUAUGGAUGGCUCGUACAAUGAAAAUGGCACUUCGUUUACCAUGUGAUUUGGUGCUAAUUAAGGGCAAAGUCCCCAGCAUUGUGACUGACAGACUGAUUAGCAUUGAUCAAAGAUAAAAAAUUUAAAUUCAGUCAUCAGUUAUUCACCUUCAUGUUGUUCCAAAUGUGUAUGACCUUCUCUUAUUUUGUCCCACACAAUAAAAAAAAAUAAAAAGUCUGACUGGGAAAGAAAGAAAAGGUCUCC